CACGCCGCGGGAACACAGAGGGCAGCACUGGGCGGCACCUGUCCCGCCGGCCUGUUGCCAUGACAACGAGCAGACGACAUAGGUGCAGAGUGUGUUGUGUUCGUGCCUUUCCUGGUCUUUUCGAGACUUAAAUUCUCUCCAUAGGAGUGCGCCAUGGGUACUGAAGCAGUCGACGCGACAACCCACAACAAGUUCGAGGCUCUGCGUGACUUGGCCGUCGAAAAGGCCAAACAGAACGAAGAGCGGGUGAAGGCUUUGACCAGAACUCUCAUCUUGUGUGGGAGCAAACAAGUAGGGAAGACAACCAUGCUUAAUAAUUUGUUAGAAAGAAAUUUAGCAGCAAGGCCCACUCUUGCCCUGGAGUAUUCCUUUGGACGCAAGCAGAAUAGGGAUGGGGUCAAGGAUACUUGCAACUUUUGGGAGCUAGGAGGUGGAACGGCAUUUACUGCAGUUAUUCCGCAGCUAAUAUACACUCCAUUAAGAGAGGGAAGAAUGGUGUCUGUUGGUAUUGUGUUAGAUUUAUCAAAGCCCUCUCAGCUGUGGUUGACAUUUGAUAAAUUUAUCAGAACUAUUAAUAAUGCUAUGAAAAAAUAUGCUGAAUCUAAUCCAGAUCACUUUAAAUACAUAAGUGCGAAGCGCAUGGAAAAAUUUGUGUCUGACCAUCCAAAUCAUCCGGAUAAAGACUGCAUUGAACCAACAGUCAUCAGAACACACUUGAUUGGGGCAAAAUAUGAUGAAUUUCAGAAUUUUGAUCCAGAGAAGAAAAAAGUAGUAUGCCGUGCUCUUCGCACAGCUGCUUUGAUAUACGGUUCUUCUCUUCACUUUACAUCAACUGUGGAAAACACUCUUAUCAAACGCGGAAGAGAUGUUCUCUAUUACGCUGGCUUUGAAUUUAAUCCACCAAGUUCUGUUUCUGUGGACCACAACUCACCGCUUUCUAUUCCACCUGGUUUUGACAGUUUAAAAGAUAUUGGAGCAGUGUCUGGUCGGACAUUCCAUGCAGUAAAAUCUGAGCUAGAGCAAUAUUUUUUGUCCCUCUUCCCACAGGUUGAAGAAGAGAGUCUGGAGCCUGAAGACCCCUCAGCACAUGUGUCAUUUAGGGAGCCCCAUCUUGAUUUAAUAUUAAAGAGAAAAAGAAGAGAGGUAGUUUAGGAACAAAAUUUAUUUUAUCACUUUUCAGUGGCACAGAGCAGUAAAGAAAUUGGCUUUCUAAUAGAUAUUAAUAGUUGAAUUGAAAUACAUUGUCUUAAGUGAUUAAGCUACAACCUUGUGCACAUGUUAUGUAAUAAGAUUGGAAUAAUUAUGUAAUAUUAUAUACCUCG